AAAAAUAAUUUUAAAAAUCCCCGUAAAUUUAUAAAUUUACGAGAGAACUUUCCUUUCCGUGCAAAUCCUUGUGUUUAUGUUUUGCUUAAAAUUUUUUGAGUUGUGUGUUACAAACGUUACAAACGAAGUGAACUCGUAGUCGAGCGAGUACCAUUCCGCAUUUGAUAAGAAACUUCUUUAAUCUUAUCAAUAAUUCCUACAAAACCUAGUAUAUUCAUAUUCGGCGCGUACUAAUUCCGUAAACUGCGAAAAAGCGAUGUCUGUGCCCCUUCCAGAAUCCGAUUCGGAGGAUGAACUGCCUCCAGCAUGGGAAGAGCGAGCCACCAACGAUGGGUUUGUUUACUACGUAAAUCACCAGAACAAAACAACCCAAUGGACACAUCCGAGAACCGGUAAAAUGAAACGAGUGUGCGGAGAACUACCGCUCGGUUGGAGUAAACACGUGGAAGAGGGCACGGGAAAGAUUAUUUUCGUCGAGGAUGCCACCCAAAGAAAAUCCUAUACAGAUCCGCGCCUUGCAUUUGCAACGGAAGAAGCUCCUCAAGCAGUCGGCGAAUUGCGACAACGAUUUGAUAGUGGCACAAAAGCGCUGCAAGUUUUGCAUGGUAGAGAUCUCAGUGGAAAAACAGCGCUGAUAACUGGGGCCAAUACCGGGAUAGGCUUUGAGACGGCACGAUCCCUUGCUCUUCAUGGAUGUGAAAUCAUCUUUGCCUGCCGAAAUGAAUCGGCAACGAAGGAAGCGAUCGGUAAAAUUAUAAAUGAAAAGGAAGCUAUCGGACUAAAGUGCAAGUAUGUGAAGCUGGAUCUAGCUAGUCUACGAUCGGUGAAAGAAUGUGCUCGUCAGGUAAAAACGGAGUGUAAGCAUUUGGACUUUUUGAUCUUGAAUGCUGGGGUGUUUGCCUUACCAUACAGCACCACUGAAGACGGUUUUGAAACUACAUUCCAAGUAUCGCAUUUGUCUCACUUUUAUCUGACCAGUCUUCUAAGUGACUUAUUUGAUCAUACCUCAAGAGUGAUUGUGGUAUCGUCCGAGUCACACCGCUUCAGUAUGUUGCCAAGCGAAUUAUCUGAAACGGAUCUUUCUCCACCGGCAAACAAAUUUUGGAGCAUGAUGGCAUACAACAAUGCCAAACUAUUCAACGUCCUUUUCGCGUGUGAACUGUCCAAACGUUGGAAAACUCGUGGAAUAUCGGUGUUUGCUCUCCAUCCUGGCAAUAUGGUAUCUUCACAACUUCCCCGGAAUUGGUGGUUUUAUCGAAUAUUGUUUGCCAUUGUGCGACCGUUUACCAAAUCACUACAGCAAGCUGCCAGUACCACGAUUUACUGCGCUACAGCUCCAGAGUUGAACGGGUUCACUGGUCUAUACUUCAACAAUUGCUACGUCUGUGAUCCUAGUGGACCAUCCAAGAAUGAACAAAUGCAGCAGAAGUUGUGGACCCUGAGCGAGCAGAUGAUCGAACGAGGGCUGCAGUAGAUGAUCGUCCAUAUGCAUAAUCAAAGGUGAGAAUUUACUUUUUCAAUUCUGUAUUUCUGUUUAUCAAAUUAUAAAUGGUCAAAUAUUCGUAAUA